AUGCCUAGGUCCUUAGGCAAUAGCAUUCCUGAGCUAGCUUAUUGCAAUUUUACUCAGGUUAUCCAGGCUGUCUUCUUCGGGAUCUGCGUCUUGACUGACCUGUCCAGUCUUCUCACUAAAGGAAAUGACAGUCAAGAACAAGAGAGGCAGCUGAAAAAGCUCAUUUCCCUCCGUGACUGGAUGAUGGCUGUUCUGGCUUUCCCUGUCGGAGUGUUUGUUGUGACAAUGUUUUGGAGCAUCUAUAUCUAUGACAGGGAACUGGUUUACCCAAAGCUGCUCGAUAAUUUUAUACCAGCAUGGCUAAAUCAUGGAAUGCAUACAACAGUUUUGCCCUUUGUAUUAAUCGAGAUGAGAACAACACAUCAUCAGUAUCCCAGCAGGAGCUGUGGACUGGCUGCAGUGUCCACCUUCGCUGUUGGCUAUAUUUUAUGGAUGUGCUGGAUUCACCACGUUACAGGAGUGUGGGUGUACCCACUUCUUGAGCACCUCAGUGCAGGUGUCAAAAUAAUCUUUUUUGCUGCUGCUACUGUAAUAAUUAACAUAUUCUACUUGGUGGGAGAGGCCCUGAACAACUACAUCUGGGAUACCCAAAAAUGUAUUGAAGAAGGAAAAGACAAGCCAAAGUUGGACUGAACAAUAGAGGCAACAUGGAGGAUUGUUUAGUGUUCAAUGGAAGAGUUCUCAUCUCUAACAGAGGCUGACAAGAAGAGGAAUGUUUUGGAAAGGAGGAAGUUUAUUGGGCCCUUUGCUUGGUGCAAGGAUAUUUUGGGGUUUUAUAUGGAGGGAAAAUUAUUUCAGUUAAGAAUAAUAAUAAUGUUUCAACCUCCUUCCUAUUUCUCCAUGCUUGCAUGUGACAUACACAUUUAAUAUGUAUAUUUAACUCCACAGCACUCUCAACAUGGAUUUCUUGCAUCAUAUGUCAUUAAAUCAUUAAGUCAU